GAGGCGGGGGGUGGGGACUGGGGAGUCUCCAGAAGUAAACAUCAUGGCCGCUAUGAAGGUGCGAUCCGCAAACAUGAUCUCAAAAUCUCUGAAAAAGGGAAUGCAGCAGCCGAUACAUGAGGAAAUUGACGACGACAGUGACGAAGAAAUGAGUAUUGCCAGUGAAAAUUCUGAUGAUGUCGAAGAGAGCUCUGUAGAAGAAAAUGAUGCUGGUGAAGCUAGUGGUGAGGACAGCUCUGAGGAUGACGAUGAGGAAGAUCAUGAAGAAGGCUCUGUCGAAGAUGAGAGUGAAGAUGACAAUGAUUCUGGCCAGGAAGAAGGUGAAGAUGACGAUGUUUCUGACGAAGAUGACGAUGAAAUGGAAGAUCUCUCUGAUGAUGGUGAUUUGGGAGCAGGAGAUUGGAUGGAAAUGGAUGAUAAAGAAUCCAAUUCAAACCUGUCAAGCUCUGACGACGAAGCCAGUCCUCAGGGUCAGGCUCAAAAGGCAGAUAGUAAUGAUCCAAACCUUCAUGGGAAUGCAGGCUGGGCAGAUGCUAUGGCUAAAAUUUUGAGAACGUCUAAACCUAAAGGAAAAAAAAGUGUUGUUCUUGCCAAGGCUAAAAAAUUGAGCCAGAUUGGAGCUUCAGAGAAAUCGGAUGAUAAAAAAGAAUAUGGCUUUGAGAUAGAUGGUGAUUCAACAGAAGAGAAGGAUGUGAAACCUAAUGUAGAUGAUUUAGAUGUAAAACCUGAUGUGGAAGACAUUAAACCUAAAUUAAGGAAAAAAGAUCUAUCAGAGGGUAGAAUAAAACCAGAUAUUUUAUCACGUGAUAGGGAGAGAGCCCUGUCUAAAAUAGCAACCAAGGGAGUUGUUCAAUUAUUCAAUGCUGUUAGAGAACAGCAGAAGGACAUCAACAAAAAGAUAAAAUUGGCAAAGGGUUCUGUUAGAAAAGAGGAAAAGAUUCUUAAGUCAGUGGACAAAGUAUCAUUUUUAAACUCUUUGAUGGGUGCCAAGAGUGUGAGGGUUGAGGAUCAAAUUCAAACCAAAGCUGAAGAGGAUGUUAAACCAGAAAAUCCAACUACAUGGAAUGUACUUAGAGAUAACUUUCUUACUGGUUCUGAUAUGAAAGACUGGGACAAAAGUGGUGAAAUUAAAUUAGAGGACGAUAUGGAUGAAAUUGAAUUAAAUUAAAAAAUAAAUUUUAAGCCUAUUA